AUGUUUUCAGCCCCACUGAUUUUCACUUCAACUUCUCAUCAACUCCUUUCCAAACUGUGUGGAGACUCUGGUUGUGAAAGUGAUUGUUCACAACCUCGUCGCACCUCACGUGUUACCACUCCUCUCCGAUUGACACCAGGUAUGAUUCAACCGUCUCAGGACAGUCGACGUGGACUUUUUCUCCCUUCUUUGCAACCUCCUCCGUUGGCUGGAAGCUCUGCGGCCAAUCCAACUGGCCGCAAACAAGGCCGAUCGACCUCUAGAUCUGAAUGCGAGACCGUAGUCAGUCACAUCGCCUCCAAACCAGCUAGUCAGAUCGUCUCCAAACCAGUUGCAAGAUCCAACCGCAGUGGCAUUGAACAAAAGAAGAAGACCUCUGUUCCCCAAUCGAAAGGAAAGAAAGCUGUUCCCACCGCGUCUACGUCCACCGCUGCUACGGGAGAUUCAAAUCGAAACCAAAGUGUCGCUCCCUCGGUAUCAACCCAAGGUCAUUCCAGAGACCUGCGCCAAGACUCUGACAAUGAGAAUGCUAGGAUCCGUAAAAAAUCAAAGAAAUCUGAAGCCAACCCGGAACGCAAGGAGGAAGUCUAUGAUGCUAUUGAGAUAUACUUUGAGGAACCAACACCUGGUUCAGAAGAUGUAACACCUGAUUAUGUUUUUGUAUUAUCUUGA